AGGAAGUGUGACGUUUUUGGUUAUCUUCAUCCAAAAGGUGUCUCUCCGUUUGACACACGGAGGCGAACUGUCAGUCGGUGGACUCCACUUUUUCGCCUGCUCGGUUUACUUUCCGUCCUAAGGAGACGCCUCGGUGGAGGUUUUGCUGAAGCCUUUGAAUGAAGAAACUUGCCGUUAAUGAUGAUUAUCUUCCUGAAUGGUUGGAUAUCACUUGCAAAUGGAAGAUAUGGAUGUCACAAAGUUUUCUGAAUGAAUGUACAUGGAAAUUGGAGACUAACAAUCACCCUGAUGAUAAACUUUGAAUCUUAAUACUUAAAAGAAAAACAGGAACCCUUAAUCUUUGAAGCAGAUGUGAAUUUCGAAGAAGAUUGAGGUUACUAAUUCUGAAACAAACCAACCAACUAACUAACCUGUCUAUACUAGACUACUGACUUCUGGGUUUUCCUGUUGGAUAAGGUUUAUUGUGAAACAUACAUUCUGGAAAUACGUCAAUGACGCCCAAGAUUUGAGAAUGAGCCUCGUCGGGUAUGACAGUGAGACAGACAGUAUUAGCAGUGGCUGCUGUGCUGGAUUGUCUGGGAGCUGUGCUGCAUCAGAAAAAGCAGACCUGAAGAAUUAUAAUGGUAGUGCCACAUACCAAGAAAUUCCGCAUUGCACAACUGAGAUGCAAGGCUAUGAUGUGGAAUUUGAGCCUCCGCUGGAAAGCAAGUAUGAAUGUCCCAUCUGUUUAAUGGCUCUGAGAGAAGCAGUGCAAACGCCUUGUGGCCACCGCUUCUGUAAAGGCUGUAUCCUGCAGUCUAUCAGGGAUGCAGGACAAAAGUGUCCAGUGGACAAUGAGAUACUCUUGGAAAAUCAGCUCUUUCCAGAUAAUUUUGCAAAACGAGAAAUUUUAUCACUAACAGUUCGUUGUCCCAAUAAAGGCUGUGAGCAAAGGAUGGAGCUACGCAAACUGGAGACACAUACAUCCCAGUGCUUGUAUGCUACAGUGCCAUGCAGAGACUGCAAUAAACAAGUGAGGAGGAGCUAUAUGAAUGAACAUAUGGCUAAUCAGUGUUUACGGCGGCUUAUCAUCUGCCCAAAUUGUGCAGGUUCCAUCAUUUUUGAGGAGGCAAAGACUCAUGAAGAAGAAUGUCCUUUAGCAAAUGUGAUGUGUGAAUACUGCAGUACUGAGCUAAUUCGAGAGCAGCUAAAAAGCCACUGUGAUAUGGAUUGUCCCAAAGCCCCUGUGCUAUGUACUUUUAGUUCCUUUGGAUGUCCAGAAAAGAUGCAGCGUGACAAGCUGGCACAACACAUGCAGGAGUACACACAGAUGCAUAUGCACUUCAUGGCAAUGUCUUUACGUAGUCUCAGCUUGACCACACCCAGCCACAUGGGGCCAAUCCUACAAAGUGAUAGUUCUGAGUUUCAUUUUGAUCCAGCACCCCCUCUAACAGGGCCCUGCACCAUGGCAUCCCCCAUAUCUGCGAGUGGAGCAACUGGUGGUCAAACCCCAUCCCACUGUGACUGUGACCAAAACCGGCAACAUCUUCAGGAGACUAUACAUCAGCUAGAAAGUCGACUUGUUAGGCAAGAUCACCAAAUCCGGGAACUGACAGCAAAGAUGGAAACGCAGAGUGGCCUGGUUGGCGAUUUGAAGAGACAAGUCCGUGUUUUGGAAGAAAAGGUGAAUGAGCUUGAGGCUCAGCAGUUCAAUGGCAUAUACAUCUGGAAGAUUGAGAACUUCUCUGCAUUUCUCCGAACCCAAGAAGCUGACCAGCCUGUUGUGAUUCAUAGUCCAGGCUUCUACACAGGCCGGCCAGGCUACAAGCUUUGUCUGCGCCUUCACUUGCAAACGCCUAGUGUGCCACGAUGUGCCAAUUACAUUUCUCUCUUUGUGCACACCAUGCAGGGCAUAUAUGAUAGUCAGUUACCUUGGCCGUUCCAAGGUACAAUUCGCCUUUCUAUUCUAGACCAGACGGAGGGUCCUGUCCAACAAAACCAUGAAGAGGUGAUGGAAACAAAACCAGAUCUUUUAGCUUUCCAGCGCCCCAGUAUGCCACGCAAUCCUAAAGGUUUUGGCUAUGUUACAUUCAUGCACUUACAAGCUCUGAGACAGAGAGAAUACAUACGAGAUGAUACUUUGCUGGUUCGUUGUGAUGUCACACCUCGUAUAGAUUUAAGUUGCAUUCGCAGAGAAGGCUUUCAGCCUAGAGGUUUAGAGUCCUCAAUGUAAACAUCUGACAAAAAUGAACAACUGAUCAGUAAGUUCUGGCCAAGGCUAUUUAUAUAUAAUAUACAUCUCUUUUGGAGCUGGUACAUUACUCCUGCCUGAAAACUGAAGUGGAUUGUCUGCUUUCAGCUUAGAUUGUAUUGUUUCAUUUUUUUAAGUUUUAAAUGUGUUUAACAUAUUUGAUUUACAUUUUAAUUUAAUCCUUUGCAUUUAAAGAAAAACAAAAUGGGAAGAUAGCCGAGGGGCUUGUAAAGACAUUCCAUAGAUCCUUCCUGAAUUAAUAUGCAUGCAAAGAUCAGUGUAUUGUUAUAAAAAAAAAAAAAAAAA